AUGGCAGCGACUGUUCCUUUCUCUCUUAUUAUGAACUACUCGCCAGUGGUUUCAGAAAGAGCUUUCGUUGUAAAAGCGAACAACCUCAAUCUCUCCAAGCUUGUUCUUCCUCUUCAAUGUCGCAGGUUGUCUUUUAGUGCUAGUGCCGCUAACAAUGAACAAGCUGCUGUCAAUGCUGAUAAUGGAGCUCCAACAAUAUUUGACCAGAUCAUAAAUAAGGAAAUCCCUUCAAGCGUUGUAUAUGAAGAUGAAAAGGUCCUAGCAUCUCGGGACAUCAAGCCAGAGGCUCCAGUUCAUGUUCUAGUCAUUCCAAAAUUUAGAGAUGGAUUAACAGAACUUGGGAAGGCUGAGGCUAGACACGUGGAGAUACUGGGUGACCUUCUCCUUGCUGCCAAAAUAGUCGCUGAGAAAGAAGGUAUCCUUGAUGGAUUUCGUGUUGUCAUCAACAGUGGUCCAAGUGCCUAUCAAACUGUGUACCAUCUGCACUUGCAUGUCCUAGGCGGGAGGCAGAUGAAUUGGCCACCUUGUUGAAGUUUGAAAGUUAAUCCUUGUUGAAGUUGAUCAUUUUCCCAUGUCAUCAUAACAUAGCCUAAUUUCUUGUGUGUUUCAGAUGAAUAUUUCUUGGUGAGCUGUAUGUACUAGGUACAUGUAAAUAAUGAGAUAUAUUUUUAUUAUGUUGUAGGAAAAAAGUUACCUCGUGUUGUAGAAAUAAAAGUAUAAGUGAGACCUACAGAUAAAAGGAGAAAAAAAAAAGAGCUGUGGGACCCAACCUCUUUUUGUG